CACUUUUUCUCCUCUCUCUCUCUCUCUCUCUCUCUCUCUCUCUCUCUCUCUCUCUCUCUCUCUCUCUCUCUCUCUCUCACCGGCCUUUAUAUUGUGUGCCAUUUCAUCAUUGUGUCUUAUUUAAGUAAAGCCAGAUUAACUCGUAAAAAUCUCCUUCCUUAGAGAAACUUUAUUCUUUCACUAUGACGUUUCAAAGUCACAAGUCUCCUUCAAAUUAAGCGGCAGUCGUGAGUGAAACGAGGCAAAGAACACACUGAUGAGGGUAAAGACGGAGUUUUAAAUCACCUUCAUCAUCGUCUUCAUUUUCGUCAUCAUCUCAUUGGCCGAGCAAGGACAGCCUCAGGUGGUGGUGGUGGUGGUGGUUGUUAAGACACCCGUUUUUUUUUUUUUUUUUUUUUUUUUAUUUAAGUUUAGCAUAACAAAUAAGACGGCGUUAUGCGUUGCUGCGGAAACUUUUUGUCAGGUGUUAAGAAAGUGUGGCUCGGUGAAGUCUUAAUUAGGUUGCGUGCAGACAGGUAACUCGGGAAAGUUGUCAUGCAGGAGGAAAGCCUCGAGGUUUACGAAAUGUUAGAUAUUCAGGAAACAAAAAUAUAUGCUUAAAAAAGACGUGUUUGCUGAACUUUCUCGUGUCGAGCUCGUGGCCAUAACGGGAACCAAAGUGGGUGAGAGGAGCGAGGAGAGGGAUAGGUGAUCACUGGUCCUCUCUCUCUGCCUCGCCCAAAGCACACUCAGUUGCCCAUGAAUAUUCUGAGUCAGAUGAUGAAUGACUCCAUGAAAAUCCUCGCUGGCCGGCACUGGUGGUGGUGACCGAGCCUCUAUCUGUCAGCCUCGCUUGCUGGGUAAGGACAAGAGAGAGAGAGAGAGAGAGAGAGAGAGAGAGACUGACUUGGUAGAGCGAAGCCCGAGGCAGGUCCCAAUAAGGUGUUACCUAAGGCCUCGCUCCUCAAACACGCCCGAGGUCUUGUUACUCGCCACUCCAGAUGCCGCCUGCCGCCCUGCUGGCCAUGACGUACGCACCUGCCGUCCUUUCACAGGUUGAUCAGGCUGCCGCUGCUCCGUGGUCGCGGCGGGGCAAGUUUUGCUCUGGAAUCCUUUUGAAGACAGGCCACCACGGUCGCCUCGCGUGGGGUCCAGCCGUGCCUGGCGGGAUGGUGGCUUACCAAGGGGUGAAAGCGAAGCCAUGAUUGGGUAAACACAGCACGACCUCAGGCAGGCACACAAGUUUGCUGUCUGUUUCCGGUACUUUUCAUUAAGGGAACAAAGUUGUGUGCAGGGUAUCGAGGCCACCUGGAGAAGCGUGGGCGGCCAUGAGGUGAGCGUCACCAUCCUGGAGUGUGUCAGUAGUGCGCCGCACCCGCCACACGCCCCUGCACCUCCACAGCUGACCCGUGCCUGCCCGUCACCCCUGCGGCCUGGAGUGUUGCCUGCCGCGGCUGGUGGCACGCGUGUCUGGCAUCCGCUGCGCCAUGUCACCAAGCACGUGUUUGAGAAGCGUAAUGGACGACCAAGGGAAAGCUUCGUGUUUACCUUAAGUGAUGGAAAGGAGUGUCCAUGGCAUCACCCCCUCCCCGUUCCCCUCCCCCACACCCGCGGACUGCAGCGAGAGGGCGUGUAAAUAUUUGCCUGCCGGACCACACCUCCGCCCGUCCCUAGGUCCUUCCCCGCCAGGCCGCGCGGUACACCAGCUGGAGUUUGUUCAUUCCAGGCUGCGUUGGUUCAUCCUAAGUGAAAUAGAAUGACAACACAAGACCGAGGCGUUUCUUCAUUACGUAAACAGUGAUGCAGUGCUAAUUUUCCCUUGCUGAAAGUCAUAUUUGAGAGUGACGAGUCGUGUUGAAGAGAACUUUGGUGUCCACAAUUAAUAUUUGAGUGACUGGUGUUGUGAGGAGCCGGCAGCCUGAGUGAGCAAGGCAGCGGCGGCAGGGCGGCGAGAUGGAGCGCUCGGGCACCCAGAGGAGGAGGAUCAGCGUGACUGUGUACCGCAUGAGUGGCUGCCUCUACGCCUACCUGCGCAGAAGUAGGGCAGGGGAACGAGAUGAGGAUGAGAGUAAUUCUACCCACCACCACCAGCGCCACAGCCACCACCACAACCACCACGGUCGCUCUCCGGUGAAGGAAAGCAGGAAGGGUGAAGAAGAGAAAACCAAGGACAGACACAGAGAGAAGAGAAAAGAAGGGGAGAAAAACUAGAAGCGGAGAGGAGAGUGCGCCGAGCUGACCAUGAGAGAGCGAA